GUUCAGGUUUAUUAGUUGCAGCUCAAGAUGCUACGGAAGAUGAGGAAGCUGUGGAAGAUACCGUAGUUGAAGAUGAAGAUGAUGAAGCUGAAGUUGAAGAAGAUGAGCCAACAGACUUGACAGAAGAAAAAGAAGAUGACGACUUGUCAGGAGAACCUAAAGCCUCACCUAGUGCUGAUACAACCAUCUUAUUUGUGAAAGGUGAAGACUUUCCAGCAAACAACAUUGUAAAAUUUCUGGUGGGCUUCACCAAUAAGGGUACAGAGGAUUUCAUUGUCGAGUCUCUUGAUGCUUCUUUCCGGUAUCCUCAAGACUACCAGUUUUAUAUUCAGAACUUCACAGCUCUCCCUCUGAAUACGGUAGUUCCACCACAGAGACAAGCCACGUUUGAGUACUCUUUCAUCCCUGCUGAGCCUAUGGGUGGUCGUCCUUUCGGACUAGUUAUCAAUCUCAACUACAGAGACAUAAAUGGCAAUGUGUUUCAAGAUGCUGUCUUCAAUCAAACUGUUACAAUUAUUGAAAAAGAAGACGGGCUGGAUGGAGAAACGAUCUUCAUGUACAUGUUCCUCGCUGGACUUGGUCUGCUUGUCAUUGUUGGCCUACAUCAGUUACUAGAAUCUAGGAAGAGGAAAAGACCAGUACAGAAAGUAGAGAUGGGAACAUCAAAUCAGAAUGAUGUUGAUAUGAGCUGGAUUCCCCAAGAAACUUUAAAUCAAAUAAUGCAGAGUAGAAGAGAUAAAGCUUCACCAAGGAGGUUGCCCUACAAGAGGGCACAGAAGAGAUCAGUGGGCUCUGAUGAGUAAAUGUUAACUAGUAUAACGGUUGAACCUUUACUAAUCUUGCCUGUUUGGUUUUUUUUUGAUUGGAGUAGUGCAGAGAAUCCAUGUCACCAUAAGGAAAAUACUGCUAAACAUUUGGACUGAACAGAUUAACUGAAUGGUGUUAAUAUUACUGAAAAUGCACUUCUCUUUUUUUUUUUGUUGAUUGUUGGGGGGGGUGGGAGGGAGGUAGCCAUUAAGAUUUGUGCCUGCGUGUGUAAGCAGUUGGUCUUAACAGAACCAUGUUACCUGAAAUGUGCCUUUAGAGUUCUUUGUAAUGCUGGCUUGUCAUCUGUACACUGUCUUUUUUGAAAGAUUUUUCUCCUCCCGCAAAUCUGAAUGUCUAGUGACAAUCUGUCUUGAUUGUAUCAUGUCUGUAUCAGAAUCUGUAUGCAUUUUUCUUUUUCAGUCAGUAACUUUAUCCUCUACAGUGUGCACACACUGAAGUUCCUGUGUGUGGUCCUAUUUCAGUGCCAAGGCACUGAUCAUCUGGAUUUCUGCAUAGUUUGCAUUCUAAAGGCACAAUUUGGUAUAGCUGCUCAUAGUGGUAGAUACUUUGCUGCUGUUUUGAUCUGGGCAUGCAGUGACCUAAAAAUCUGAACUUAUCUGCAUAGGUGUUAGGAAGACUCUUACACAGCAGCAGAACUCGUGAAGCAUGGAAUUUGUGUGCUGAAUUGGUAUUACUACAUAAAUUUUUUUUAUACCCAACUUGUUAAAUGGUUAGUUAUUGAGUCGUGCCAGCAGCUUAGGUAUUCUGAUUAUAGUGGUAGCUCUGCAAUGUUUACUGAAGAAAUCUUUGAAUAAGCCAGAACAACUUUUCAGUAAGUUCAUGGUUCUCCCACAAAAACUAGAAUGUCAUAUGUAUCAAAAUGUGGACUUUUCUUAAAGCUUUACAUGGGGCAAGGACUUUGCAUUUACUGUACACACUUGAAACUGAAUUUAAAAAACUGUUGGCUUCAAAUAAUCUUUUUAAAUGGCAAACUA